AUGCCUCACUUUCCAAAGCGUCCACGCCUCACAUUCGAGCCAAACUUUCAGACCCAAAGUGAGACACAGGGCCUGGUGGUAGCAGAGGUGCCCGUAGAUGAGGAGGAGGAGGAGGAGACUGCUUCCGUUUCCUCUUGCUCUUUCACCUUCUCCUAUCCCCCCACCUCGUCUUCCCCUCCUUCCUCUCCUGUGAUCCCAGACAUUGACGAGGAGGAGGAAGACACUUCAGAUGGAGACUCCAGCAGCCAAGAUGAGGAUACAAGCUCUCUGCAGCUCUCCAUAGACACUGAAUCCCUGAGUAGGGAUUCGCUAGAUGAGAAGGUGACUGAUUUGGUGCAUUUCAUGAUCCUCAAGUAUCGACUGAGGAAGCCAAUUACAGAGGCAGAGAUGUUGAAGCUUGUUAUCAAAGGGUGUGAGAGUGAAUACCCUGUGAUCUUUAAGAAAGCUUGUAGGUGCCUGGAGGUGAUCUGCGGCAUUGAUGUGAAGGAAGUGGACCCCACCACUCACUCCUACGUCCUUAUCAACUCACUGGAUUUCACCUAUGAUGAUGCGUUUAGUGACGACCGGAGCUUGCCUAAAAAUGGCCUCCUGAUAAUCAUCCUGGGUAUGAUCUUUAUGGUGGGCAACUGCGCCCCUGAGAAAGACAUCUGGGAUUUCCUGAAUAUGAUGGGAAUAUAUGCUGGGAGGGAGCACUUCAUUUACGGGGAGCCCAGGAAGCUCAUCACCAGAGAUUGGGUGCAGGAGAAUUACCUAGAGUACCGGCAAGUGCCUGAUAGUGAUCCACCACGCUACCAGUUCCUGUGGGGUCCCAGGGCCCAUGCUGAAACUAGCAAGUUGAAAGUUCUGGAAUUUUUGGCCAAGAUCAAAGGGACUGACCCCAUUUCCCUCUCCUGCUGGUACGAGGAAGCUUUAAGAGAUGAGGAAGAGAGAGCCCGGGGCAGAGUUUACCCCACAGAUCGCGCUGCUGCCAUGUUCAUUGCACAGCGUCGUUCGGCAGCCUCUCCUUCCCCAACUGAAGAAUGA